UACUCUUCCUCAUUUUGUUUAUUGUCACUUAUGGUUGACCUCUCUGUCAGAUUACGUGUUUGACUGCUCAAAUUUCAAGAGUUGACAUGCAAGUUUGUACAUAUUUCUUUUUUGGUUUAUACGGUCUAACCAGUUAGUCUACUAGCUAACAAGCUAAUUAGCAGGCAGCCAUGUCAACGUGGCGCAGGCUGCAUGUGAAGGUGAGGGCGGCUCACGGAUUAUUAUUUACCUCCAGACGGCUGACACGACGGCACACGUGGCUGUAUGGACAUUUAUCACUAUGCCAAAACCUGAGUACAGGCACCCCUCUCCGGAAUGACUUCUUUAAAGACCUGGAGACCCAGCUGGCAGCCAUGAGGAAGAAGGCAUCUGACGCUCUGCCGGGGAGCAGCUGGAGUCCCCUGCAGAUAAACCCGAAUCUUCCACCGGAGAGGGCCGACAUUGUGAUCGUAGGAGGCGGUGUGGUGGGCUGGUCCAUCGCCUACUGGCUGAAGCAGAAGGAGAGGGUGCGAGGAGGGGUGAAAGUUGUUGUGGUGGAGAAGGACCCAACGUACUCCCAGGCCUCCACCGUUCUGUCUGCAGGAGGGAUCCGACAGCAGUUCUCCCUGCCUGAGAACAUCCACCUCUCCCUGGCCUCUGCAGCUUUCAUGAGGAACAUCAAUGAACACCUCGGCGUGUUGCAUGAAGACCCAGUGGACCUCCAGUUCAACCAAUCAGGAUACCUCUUCCUGGCCAGUGAGCGGGUGGCACACAUCAUGGAGGACAACUACAGCACCCAAAGGUAUGCUGGAGCCAAAGUUGCACUUCUCUCUCCAACACAAUUAAAGGAGAAAUUCCCCUGGAUAAACACAGAUGGUGUGGCGCUGGCUUCAUAUGGUUUGGAGAACGAGGGCUGGUUUGACCCCUGGACUCUGCUGAACGCUUUCAAGAGGAAAGCCAUCUCUAUGGGAGUCAUUCCGUGCUGCGGAGAGGUCACAGAUUUUAAAUACACAAUAGACGUGUUGAUGACGGCUGAUGGGGAUUAUGUGGAUAUCAGGAGGAUAAAAUCUGUCAAAGUGCAGAUGCCAAACAGUCUGGAGUACCAGCCGGUGGAAUGUGCCAUUGUUGUGAAUGCAGCGGGAGCCUUUUCUGCUAAACUGGCAGAGAUACUGGGAAUCGGCUCUGGUCCCAAAGACUCCAUCGCUGGAAUCCCAGUGCCUGUUGAGCCACGCAAAAGGUAUAUUUAUGUGGUGCACUGUCCUGAUGGUCCGGGUCUCGACUCUCCCUUCGUGAUCGAUUACUCUGGAGUUUACUUCAGGAGGGAGGGCUUAGGAGGGAACUACAUCACUGGGACAUCGCCGGAGGAGUCAGAGGAGCCAGACACCAGUAACCUGGAGGUGGACCACCAGUUCUUUGAGGACAAGAUCUGGCCCAGUUUGGCCUCUCGUGUUCCAGGUUUUGAGAAACUGAAGGUGACGAGUGCGUGGGCAGGUUACUACGACUACAACACCUUCGACCAGAAUGGUAUUAUUGGCAUACACCCUCUCAUCAAUAACAUGUACUUUGCCACCGGUUUCAGUGGCCACGGCCUGCAGCACUCCCCCGCGGUGGGUCGCUCUGUGGCAGAACUGAUUCUGGAUGGAAACUUUACAACACUGGACUUGAGCGGCUUCGGCUUCAGACGCAUUCUGGCCCAGGAGCCGAUGCUGGAGAGGAACAUUGUAUAGAGGGAGGAGAUGUGACUUGGACUUGUUCUUGUUUUUGUUCUUGCUGCCAAUGCCAAAUUAUUACAACUGUGGUAGUUUUUUGGCAAUUAUGAAAACGUAUCUUUUCGAUUGCCAUUUUUACUCAGAGCUAUUGCAAUACUGCUGCACAAAGUCUCUUCAUUACACCACCUCUGCUUUUUUAUAAAGAACCAAACAACGGCGUUAUAAUGUCGCCUCAGUGUGUGAUUUCACAUGCUGGCGUUCCGAAAGCAAUAGAGGCAUGACAUGUAAGGGCCCAAUCACACUGAGAAGCAUCGUACCAGGCACGACUGCUCCAAAAAUGCAGUGGAAUUGCAUCUGGAAAAACAGCUGGGCACGCCUUUGGAGCGGGGCCACGUGCACGUGACCAAAAGUGACAUUCACGAGCACUGCAACUCAGCGCCUUCAGUGGAGAAGUUAAAAAUAUUUUAACUUUUAUGUGCGUCCAAAAGCCGCCAGAAAAACACAAUGCACAGAUGCAAGACAGAUGCGCCUGACAGGCGCGCUGUACCACAGGGAAACAAUGGUUUUGUUUUUCUAGCAACAUGUCUCGGUGUGAUCGGCCCCUAGGACAACAGCAUCAGCAUAUAGUGUGAACUUUAACAUUAACGUCAGGCAGCGCUCUUUAAACAAUAACAAUGGCAUAACAUCGCAAUAAUAUUUUAUUGUCUGCAUUAUAUGGUGGUUGAUCUUGUCCUAUGCUUGGGGAAUAAGGAGCUCCUGGACCUCAUUGUCUCAAAGUUUAUUUUCAGCUGCCAGUCUUCCUCUUUGUGUUAGCUGCUAACUGCUUCUAGUCGCUUUUUAAAUCUUCCAUUUUUAAGUCAGAAUACAUAACACACCUGCCCCAUCGGCGCACUUUUUUCUUUCUUUUUUUUUUUUUUACUUUUGCCUGUAGUGAUGGUACAGAGGAAGAGUGACAGGAAAGGAGGGAGAAGAGAGAGGGGGCAACAUGCAGCAAAGGGCCCUCAGGUGGAAUUGUACCUGGGCUGCUGCAGUAAAGAUGCAGUCUUAGUACAUAUGUUGUGUGCUCUAUCAGUUGAGUUACUAGAGGACCCUAGUUCACACAAUUUACACAAUUGCGAAGAUAUUACAACAAAAAUACAAAAUUCAACUCCAUUUUUACACAAGGUUCACAGACAAAACAACUGUCUUAUACUGGACAUGUAUUCCCCAAAAAAUACAGCAUGUUCUUGGCAAGCGGACUUUUCCCCUACUCAUAUGAAGCCUUGUACAAAAGCAAUAUUUAACAAGGUUAUGUUACAAAAUUCCAGCUCCAUUAUAAUUCACUUCUCAUAUAAAGCCAAAAUAAAUCACACACAAGGCUUCAAAUGUCAUUUGUUUUCAAAAUUUGACGUUUCUAAUCUGUGAAAUAAAAGUAAGUAAAAAUUUUGUUUCCACUAAAGGAAGUGGUAUUAACUUUACAGAAAUAAACAGGUCUGCUUUGCCUUGGUAACAUGAAGUUACAUUUUAUGCAGUAAUGUACAGGCACACAUCUAUGCAGACACAACGCCAUAGAAGUCAAAACGGUAUGGGGUCGAUUCAACGCAGAAGUUUAAACCUUGCUUCAAGGCACGACAACUCUGUUCUCCCAUUCUGUACUUGUACUACAGAAUAGCGAGACAGAAUAACAGUGCUUCAUUCCCACCUUGAAUAAGAAGUGUAAAAGUGGCAAGUGAUAAUAACACUGUACUCAUCAGAUUGAUUACUGAGUUCUGGGAAUGUGGUGUCAUCGGUACAAUGACAUGCGAAAGGUAAAAAUACAUCAGUAGGAGGAAACUUUGACAAAAUGUUGACACAUGUAUGGAUGGAGGAGAGGGAGGUGAGCCAAAUGCUCAUACACCCUUUUUACACUAUUAGUAAUUUCAAAAUCCAGACAUCUGUGUUUCUGAUUACUUUUGAAGCUGGGUGUGUGGUGCUGUUGUGCAACCUGGCUGUAGUGUUUAUAUUAAAAUAGAAACAGCAGCAACUCUUCCAGAUGAGUUUAUUUAUGUACUUGGUUUUUUUUUUUAAAUAAUGUAUACAAAGAGAAAAUGUUGCAGAAUCACAUUGGAUCCCUUUUACACUUUAAUUUGUUCUAUUUGUUGAUUAUGUAUUCAUUAUUGUAUUGUGUCUUUUUCAGAUUUACUCGUAAAUCAAUAUAGAUCAAUUUCAGUGUUUUAUAAUGAUCGAUUCCAUAGUGUUUUAUUAAUAAUCAUGAUUUUUGUAAAACAGUUGGCU